GCUGGAUGGGGGGGGGGUCACUGCCCAAAUCUUGAUUCAAGGGGCGUGGUGAAAUCAACGCGGGAACUGGAGUAUUCGGUUUCUGCUGUUUUUGAGUAGGAUCGGUGUCUAUGUCUGAAGAAGUGACUUUAAAAACAUAUACAUAUGUAAUGUUCCCUAAUAUCUUGAUAUUAUCUUGAAGAUAUUUUUUGGGCUGAGGAGGAGGAGGAGCAGCGGUGGUGCUUCGAUUGCUCGGCGGGCGGAAGGAAACCGGCAAGCAAAGGGGGGGGGGAGCGCACGAGCCGCUGUCGGGGACAUGGAGUCAUUUCAGAAAGUGGAGAAGAUCGGUGAGGGCACCUACGGGGUGGUGUACAAAGCCAAGAACAAGGUCACCGGAGAGACCGUCGCUCUCAAGAAAAUCAGGCUGGACACAGAAACGGAAGGAGUUCCCAGUACUGCCAUCAGAGAAAUCUCCCUCCUGAAGGAGCUCAGCCAUCCUAAUAUUGUCAAACUCCGUGAUGUUAUUCACACAGAAAACAAACUUUAUCUGGUAUUCGAGUUUCUUCAUCAAGAUCUGAAGAAGUUCAUGGACUCUUCCUCAGUUACUGGCAUUUCCCUCCCAUUAGUAAAGAGCUACCUCUUCCAGUUGCUGCAGGGACUUGCUUUUUGCCAUUCUCAUCGUGUGUUACACCGUGACCUUAAGCCCCAAAAUCUCCUCAUCAAUGCCCAAGGGGAAAUCAAGCUAGCUGAUUUUGGUCUGGCUAGGGCAUUCGGGGUACCUGUUCGCACCUACACCCAUGAGGUGGUGACUUUGUGGUACCGAGCACCAGAGAUUCUCCUUGGCUGCAAAUACUACUCCACGGCAGUCGAUAUCUGGAGUCUAGGGUGUAUUUUUGCUGAAAUGGUCACAAGGAGGGCAUUGUUUCCAGGCGAUUCAGAGAUUGAUCAGCUCUUUCGGAUCUUCCGCACUCUUGGAACCCCUGAUGAGGAGGCCUGGCCGGGUGUAACGUCCAUGCCAGAUUACAAGCCCUCCUUCCCAAAAUGGGCACGACAAGAGCUAUCCAAAGUGGUUCCUCCACUCGAUGAAGACGGAAGGGAUCUGCUGGCGCAAAUGCUUAACUAUGACCCAAGUAAGAGGAUCUCUGCCAAAAAUGCCUUAGUCCACCGGUUCUUCCGUGACGUGACCAUGCCGAUUCCACACCUGCGACUCUGAAAGACCAGCAGAGAUUGGACACUUGUUAGUGGAGGAGCCUGUGCUGCAUUACCUGGAUGCCCUCUGCUGUUUUUUAUAACUGCUCAGAAGUGGAGUGUUAUCCCUUUCAGAAUUCAAUGGACUACAUUGGUGCUCUUUUACAGCGACUCAAUUUCUGCUAAUUUCUAGCUGCCAUUUUGAAUCUCUGGUUUUAAGUCUCAGUCAAGCAAUAAUUUUACCUUUUGAGACUGAGUGGAGAGAACUCAUAUAGACCAUCUAACGUUCCACAACUCCCAGUUCUAAAUGCUCUUUGGAAGGAUAACUUCUUGGGAUUAGAAAAUCACAGCCCUUUUUUGUACCGUUAAUAAAUUUGUAUUUGGUAAAUGGGGGACAAAAAGGUUAAUUUUAGCAAUCCUCCGUAUUUGUCAUUUACCUAGAAAAUUGCUGAUCAGUGUUUUUUUGCCCUUUUAGUACUUGGCUUUAUGAUGUGUAGAUGUCAGUAAAUGUUAUAUCUUUGUGGGGUGGGCACAGAAAUAACCAGUUCUUGUUUUAAUAAGUUUUGAAAACCAUCUAGCUAAUGUAUAUCUUUUCAUACAAAAUCAACACAUUGUACAUUUCUCAUUCAUGAAAUGUGUUCACCUGUACAGUUUUUGUACGUAUUAUAGGUUUAUAUUCAAAAGGUGGAAUAAAAUCAGUUUAUGUUCUCUUUUUAAGCAUUAUCCUAAAUUAAGCUAUUGUUCCAAUGUUGUUCCAGUAUGGUAUGCAGACAUAUGUUCAUAUGCUAUCUGUUUUUGCAUAAUACUUAACACAAUAGAGAAAAGAGGACCGUAUCUUUGCUUAGGCUGUUGAGAUCUGGAGCUUUUUUUUUUUUUUUUACUUAACCCGCCUAAACCGUGUUCAUGCCAACGCCGUGCCCGUUGACAUUUUUGAAUAACCGAAACUCGACGUCGGCAGUCGGACUCUGCUUAAAAACUGUAAAAAGAAAAAAAAAAGGCUCCUGUCGGUGUUCUGUACAAUUUGUAAUUCCUAAACCUGCUUUUUUGAUAAACAGUUCAGAGUGUUAUUGACGCAGACUUCCACGCAAUUCAUUUGGCGGGUCCCACAAAACCAUGGUGAACAUAAUAGCUUUUAUGUAAACUGUAGUGACUAUUAUUGGAGCAAAUUUGUAUUGCCAUAAUACACAAUGUAAAAUAAAACUUGUUAUAACCAAAUUA